CCCAGGGAGAGAAGUAUCCAAUGAGAUCAACGGAUAUUGAGUUGUGGGGCGUUGUCAAAAGCUGACCCUGUUGCUACAGCAGCAGGAGCAGUAGCAGCAUAAAAGAGAAAAAUGGAGGAAUACGAAGCUUUUGAAACUUCAUCUGAUGUGGAUCUGAUACCUUGCAAAAUCUGUGGCAGGACUUUUUUCUUAGAAGCACUAAAAAAACAUUUGCCCAUUUGCCAAAAAGCUGCUGCUAAGAAAAGGAAGGUGUUUGACUCCAGCAGGCAGAGAGCAGAGGGAACAGAUAUUCCUGUGAUAAAACCACUAAAACCAAAGUUACCCAACUCCCGCUCUGCUAAAUCUGAUAAACCAGAACCACCCAAGAAACAAUCAAACUGGCGAAGAAAGCAUGAGGAUUUUAUUGCAACUAUCCGUGCAGCCAAAGGGCUCACUCAGGUGAUGAAAGAGGGGGGGCCACUCCCUCCUCCACCGCCACCAUCAUAUGACCCAGAUUAUAUCCAGUGUCCAUUUUGUCAGAGGAGGUUCAGUCAAAAUGCUGCUGAUAGGCAUAUUCAAUUCUGUAAAGAAAAAGCUGCACGUAUUCCUAACAAAGGCAAGAUUUCUGCUGAUACAAAAGGAAAACCAUCUGCAAGACCACAGCUUAAACCUCCAGCUCCAAAGAAGACAAACGCUCCAGUCUCAUCGAUAUCUCCCUCUUCCCGUUUACCACAGCCGUCUUCUGCUGGUAAACCUGCUGGAGGUCUAUCCUCAAACAGAAACACUACUCCUGUAGCUGGAUCAGUUAAGAGCAAUGCUUCCAAUUUCUCUCCAUCUCGUAUGAGUUCAGCAGGCAGCCAACAGACUGGUAUUAGUAUGAAGUCUAGAGCGCCUACUUCACCAGCAUCUCUGAAGAAUGUAACCUCUGGCAUUCCUGGAAACAGAAGGAAAACCUAUAAUGCUGACAGCUAUAGUUCCAGGAAUGAUGCCAAAAGUGGAUGUGAUGUAUCAGAUUAUUCAGCUGCAAUGAGCUAUGGAGAAAACAAAAGCAAUGGCAGAAAUUCCUCUGGGCAGCUCUCCAAAUUCUGCCAUGAAUGUGGGACCAAGUACCCAGUAGAAUGGGCAAAGUUUUGCUGUGAGUGUGGAGUGAAGAGAAUGUAUAUUUAACAGUAUAAUGACUGUUUUUAUUCAUAUAUUGUAAUCAACUGCAUGAAAAAUAUGUUCCUGAAAAAAGGUGUUGGAUUUUUUCUUAAUGUAAAAUAUCUGCUGCAGGUUAUUAAUCACUGUAUUAAAAGAAAUACAUUUAUAAACAUGCAAAUUAAUUAAUGAGGUCUGCUUUGCAUACAUGUUGGCUGAGAAAAUUUGUGAAACAGUGCCAUAAAUAACAAAACAAAUGUGUUCUUUGGUUUACACUUGUGUCGAUUUUUAAAUAAUAAUUAUAAUAUAUACAGUUGUAGUUAAAAGUUUUCAUGGAAAUGUAUAAUUUCUAGAAAUGUCUUGAAAACAAAGUCUUUAAGGAGAAGUCUUUUAUAGCAAAGGUUUUGCUUUUGUGGAUGAGGAAAAAGUUACAAGAAAUAAAUGUCUACAAUUAUUUAUUUCAGCAAUUUUUUUGCAAAACUCCAAAAAUGAUUAUUUAGAUGUAUUCAUACCCUUUGAUGCUAUGAUAGUUUUAUCUACAAGGUGCUAGAAAUUUCAAUAUGAUAAUGCAGAACCUAAUUCUAGAAAAGUCUAGAAAAUGCUGGAUUGUAGGAGAGUAUAAAAGGGUUAUUAUUAUUAUUAUUAUUAUUAUUAUUAUUAUUAUUAUUAUUUAUUUCUUAGCAGACGCCCUUAUCCAGGGUGACUUACAAUCGUAAGCAAAUACAUUAAGUAUUACAAUACAAGUAAUACAAUAAGAGCAAGAAAUACAAUAGGAUAAUUGCUGUCAUUAACAAUAACUCAGUAUGGGAAAAAGUAAAAAGCUAUCUGAAGACCUUAGGCAGAAAAUGAUUUAUUGUCAUAAAGCUGGAGAAGGAUACAAGAAGAUUUCCAAGCAUUUGAAUACCCCAAUGUCAACUAUUGUUUCUAUUAUGAAGAAGUACAACACUCCCUCGAUCUGGAAGAAAGAAGUUUCUUUUACCAAGAACAAGUAGAAGAAUUGUGAGAAAGGUUAAUAACAAUCCGAGAUUCAAUUCAAAGUGAAUUGGCUGCAAGUGGAACUGGGGAUUCAGUUUCAACCAUAGGUUGAGCAUUGCAUGGUGAAGGUCUCAAUGGUCACAGGCCAAGGAAAAAGCCACUCUUAGGAAAACGUCACUAGGACACUUGCUUAAAGUUUGCAAAACGACAUUUGAAUGAUGGAUAUGAGUUCUGGUCAAAGGUUUUGUGGUGUGAUGAAACAAAAAUCAAGCUAUUUGGUCAUGCUGAUAGUCGUUACGUUUGGAGAAAGUCUGGUGAGGUGUACAAAGAAAAGAACACCAUACCUACUGUCAAGCAUGGAAGUGGUAAUAUCCUUCUGUGGUGCUGUUUUUUUCUCUAAUGGCACAGGGAAUUUAGUUCCAAUACAUGGUAAAAUGGAUUCCCUAGCAUACCAAAAGAUAUUGGCCAAUCAUCGGAAACCCUCCACUACAAAACUUGGUUUAAAGCGCAACUGGACAUUCCAAAACAAUGAUAUAACGAUCCAAAGCACACAUCAAAAUCUACUCCAGAAUGGUUAAAGACGAAUAAAAUCAAGGUUCUGGAAUGGCCUAGUCAAAGUCCCCAUCUAAAUCCGAUUGAGAAUCUUUGGUAUAAGUUGAAGAAGGUUGUGCACAAGAGAAGUCCUCGGAAUUUGAAUGAACUGAAACAAUUUUGUGUUGAAGAAUGGUCAAAAAUCACUUAAAAAUCAUGCCAUGGUAUGUAAACUUUUGACUACAACUGUAUUAAUAUAUAUUUUUUACAUUUUCAAAAGGCCCUCUAAUUACCUGGUAACAGUGGUCACACACUAGCACUGAAUAUGCCAUUGCAAUAUUUAGCAUUAUUCUCUGUUACCGUAACAUGUGCAAUAUGAUUUGUCGAAGUUGUUGGGUGAAAAAUAGGAAGCUGGCUUGUAUAGGGGAUCGGAAGACGCCCACUGAACCUUCGGAUAUCCUGGUUUGUGUGGGGAAUUGCUGCGGUGAGGGGAAAAAUAAUUGGACAUUCCAAAUUGUGGGUAAAAUAAUUGGGCACUAAAUAAAAGAAAUACAAUAAAAAAAAAUGGUUUUUUUUGUUUUUGUUUUUUAUAUUAACAUUAUGAAUUGAUUGUUGGAUGGCAAUCACCCAGUAUGGGGCUCUUGGUUUUAUUAUGCAAAUUUGAAAUGUAUAGGCAGCAAUCCAUUCUAAAUCACUGCUGUCUUCAGUUCAAGUCAAGUAAAACAUGGUGGACAUAAUUUGAAGAUGCAACACAAUGUAUUCAGUGAUGCAGUAAUAAAGGAAGAAGGGGAAAAUAAAGGAUUGAGGUGCAUGUGUUAGUCAUUUAAAGAAUAUGUUUAAUACAUAAACAUUAAUACCUCUGCAAGGAAAAUUACCACAUACUGUUACACAAUAUGUCUAUUUAUUAAUGUAGAGGUGCACUGCUAUUCAAAGUGGUAUACCAACACCCUUUAUAACUACAGCAUUCUGGUAUUUGCUUUUUAUCGUAUGGCACUGUGACUAUUUAGAAUAUAUGCUAUGUACACAAAACACUGGGAGUGGUUUCUGGAAGUGAAAUAAAACAUUCAUUAUUCAAACAACA